GUUUGUAGUGCUAAACCGAUUGUACAAGCACAAAUCUCCAUCUCCAUUCUCCACCCACACAUUAAAAAGAGGACAACGCCUUCUCUCCUGUGUUCCCGGCCCAUUUUUUCACCACCUCCCAAACACGCCCCGCCGGGAGUCUCUCCACAUUCCAACGCCUCUCUCUCUCUCGUUCUCGCUCUGGUAUACACACGCACAAGCACAGUGCUGAAACAAGGCAGAACUUCUGAAAUAAUGGCUUCACCUUCUGCUUCUAUCAGGAGUUGGUGAUUCAACCGAUUGGUUGGAAAUUGGAAUACUACAUCUGAUCGGAUCAAACGGUAGUGCGUUAAUGGCAUCGGCUCUGAUGUCGAAUCCGGUGAUGAGCUCCGAAAGUAGAGCAGCGGCUAGGAGAAGGAAGAAGAAGAGAAGCCAAAUUCCUAGUGCUCAAGCUGUGGACGUAAACAAUAACGGCUCAACCGCUGAAUGGAAAUCCGAAGCUCAACAACAAGUGUACUCUUCCAAGCUGUUCAAAGCGCUCCGAGAAGUCCGGUUGAAUUCGUCGUCAGGAACGAAGGGGGGCAGAGCCGUGCACGAAGUCGCAGAUAGAGUUCUGGCGGUAGCCGCCAAAGGACGCACGAGGUGGAGCCGCGCCAUCCUCACUAACAGGCUGAGGCUCAAGUUCAUGAAGAAGCACAACAGAAGGCAGAGAAUGGUGGUUGCGGCGGCUAACGGGAAGAGCCGGGUGCCGAAGAAAUCGAGAGUAAGUAUCCUCCGGCUGAAAACAAAAAACUUACCGACUGUACAGAGAAAGGCUCGUGUUCUCGGGCGGCUCGUUCCUGGCUGCCGGAAGGAGCCGCUGCCUGUGAUUCUAGAAGAAGCCACUGAUUAUAUAGCGGCUUUAGAGAUGCAAGUCCGCGCCAUGAGCACUUUAGCUCAACUGCUUUCCGGUGGCGGUGGUUCUUCUUCUUCUUCUAGCUCCGCUCCUCUUAAUCCGCCUGGCUCCAGCCGGCCUCCUCAGAGUUGAUGAUGACUUUGACUCUUCAUUUUUCUUUAUUAUUUUUUUAAAUAUUACAAAUUUUCUUCUAUUAUCGUGCUCUAUAUCUCUUAUGAACAUCCCCUGUUAAAUAUGUCAUCUUCUUUCUCUUCAUUUUCAAUUUGAAUAGAUAUAUUUUAUUUUAUUUUGUCU